CACCUCAUCACCCAUUCACACCAACACAUGGGGUCACUAAUGUAAGUUGAGCUGAUUUGGAUGUUCAGUUAACCUAAUGAAGAGACAGCUGUCAGCAUAUCUAAUGCAGUAAGUUGGGCAGUGGGCCCAGGUAGAAGGCUGAAGGAGAGGCCUGAGGUCACCUGAAAUAAGAGUGUGAUUACGAACUAAAGUGAUUUUUCUAUUGUGAUUAUAAUUCAGUGUCACUAAGAGGAGAAUAAUGUCACCACCUCUGACUGACUGGACUGUUCCUGUAGAGUGAGAACAAGAGCAACCACACAAGCACACUGGACUACCAGUUCAGGGAAUCUUCAUAAAACACAGAAUAUUAGGCAUAUAACAAGCACAGCUGACAAACUGUGUCAUCCCAGUCUCUGGAGAUGCAGGUCAAUCUGGGAUUUUAUGACACAUUGUAGUCUGAGAUCAGUGAAGUCAGCAGUGGGGCCAUCGCCAGAGUGGCACAGCUAUGAUCACCAUUAACUGCAGGUCCUUUUGAUGAUGUUUAUCUGGCCGUGAGAUAUGAUUCAUGCUGACAUCACACUAUUUUCACCAAUAACAACCAUGACCGUGGACGGCACAUGAACUACACCUCACGUGUGCAUCGUUUACGCUUCUGUUUGUUUGAUGAAUAUCUGCACGUCCCAAUGACAUCACUUGGUAACAUGCAACCAGGCUAUAUAUUUGAGAGCAAGAACACACAGUACACAAUGAGAAGUGGAGAGGAGGAAUCAUCCAGUUUCAGCAUGAAGACUUCUGGAGCUCUACUGGUGCUGCUGUGCUGCUGUUUGGCUGAGACGCAGCUCAGAGGAGAGACCAUCAGUGAAAAUGACAUCACUCGCCAGGGCCACUAUGGUGAAGCUGAGACCAGAGAGAAUGAGGUUAUGGGUGCAGCACAGAGAACUGAAGCUGCUGCCACAGCCUCCACCCAACAAACCUGCCAGCCUGACAUCCACACUGUGCUGAGAGAGAUGAGCGCACUGAUGGUGGAGCAGAGAGUGGAGCUCAGAUACACUAAGACACAAAUGGAGGCCAUGGAGACCAGACUGAGAGCCAGUGAGAGUAAAGCAGAUACUUUGGAGACCAGACUGAGAGCCAGUGAGAGUAAAGCAGAGACUUUGGCGACCAGACUGAGAGUCAGUGAGAAGACAGUCAAGGAGCAGAGAGUGGAUCUCAGACAGACUGAAGCCAGACUGACAGACAGACUGACAGCCAGUGAGAGACUAGUGGAACGGCUUCAGAGUGAAAAUGAGGCUCAGACAGUGAAUCUGAACCUCACUGUGAGCCAGGUGGAGGAGCUGAGGAGGGAGAGAGAGGAGAGGAGGGUGUCUUUCUCUGCCUCACUGGUAACAUCAGGGGAUGAAACUUUUGGUCCCUUUAGUAGGCCAACCACACUGGUCUACAGACAUGUCUUCACCAACACUGGAAACGCCUACAACCCCAAUACAGGUGUCUUCACGGCUCCAGUCAGGGGUGUCUACCACUUUUCUGUUUUUGUGUAUGGAAAUGGUCAUGCAUCUACACGUUCAGCAGUCUCUCUCCAUAGGAAUGAAGAACAUGUUGUCAUUGCUUACAGUAAUCAGCCAAGCCACGGUUAUAGCUCCUCUAAUGGAGCUUCUCUGCUGCUGGAGGUGGGAGAUGUGGUCUAUGUGAAGCUGUGGCCCAACUCAUGGGUCCAUGACAGCUAUAUCCACCACACCACCUUCUCUGGCCACCUUCUCUUCCCCAUGUGAGGGAAGCACUAGACUGAUGUAGAAGUUGUGUUGGGUGUGGAGUGACGCUAGCAGUGAGAAACAGACAGAAUGGAACACACUCCUCUCCUUGUUUCCUACAUGGUCACUGGGUGGGUCUGGGCAAGACUUUUAGUGUGACAUUAAGUCCAUUCUCCUUCAUUGCUAUCCAUCUAUUGUGCUGUUUGUUACAUGUUAAUGUACCUUUACCUACUGUUAGUAUGUCAGUGUGGAACUGAAAACACUAGUAAUGAAAUGUGCUUUGUCAGGCUGUGUCUUUGUAUAUCCGUCUAUCACAAAAUAAAAUACAUCUUUAAAUGAC